AUUGCCUCGUCACCGGUUCUAAGUGAUCGUGAUAAGUAUCCACACAUUUAUCUCAUGCAAUCAUCAGCUUCUUUCGGGACAGCUUUCGCCCAGAUUAUUCGACAGUUUGGCUGGGAAAAGAUUGCCCUGUUAUACCGAGCAGGAGAACCUCACCAGGCGAGAAUGGCAGCAGUCAACGAUGAGGCACUGGUUAGUAACUUCUCAAUAUUCCUUGCUGAGAGUUUCUUGAAUGAUCCCUACGAAUCUUUAUUACGUCUCAAGGGAAAAGACGCACGGAUCAUUGCUACAAGUUUUUACGAAGAUACUGCGAGGGAGGUAUUUUGUAAAGCCUUUCAUUUAGGUUUGUACGGUCCCAACUAUGUAUGGAUGGUACCCGGAUAUUUUCCCGAUAACUGGCAACAGAAAACAGACGGAGUCAACUGUACUGCAGACCAACUCAAGACUGCAACCGAAGGCUAUUUGGCAGUUACUUUCAAUAACUUCGAAAGAAGCAACGAGAUUACUUCUUGUGGAAAGAGUACAAUUGACUUUCAGCUACACAUGGAAGACGUUGUGGGAUACACUCUUACCCGGACUGAUGCUGCACUGGCUGCGUUGGGUUACGAUGGUAUGUGGGCAUUAGCAACGGCCAUGCAUCAAGCUGAAACUUUAUUAAGAAGGAGACUGGAUACCUACCAGUACGGGGAUGAGGAAUACGCACGGGUAGUCGGUGACACCAUUUUGAAUCUGGAGUUUAGUGGUUUGUCGGGUCCUGUCAAGUUCACCAAGACUGGCGCCAGGAUUGGCAAUUUACUGGUAGAGCAAAAUAUAGCCGGCGAAGAUAUCAUUGUGGGAACAUUUGACAACAUCAAGAAAAAGCUUCACUGGAAUAUUCCUGUUGAGAAUCUUUGGUAUUACAGUGGAGGGCAUCCCCCGUACGAUUCUGACAUCACUGUAACCAUAGUGAACCUACAAGCCACGCCCCUUCUCAUCGUAGCCAUCAUGUCGGUAUUGGCAAUUCUUGGAAUUGUCCUUGCAUUGAUGUUUCUGGGAUUUAACUUUUGGAAGCGCAAACACAAACAAAUAAAAAUGUCCAGCCCCAAUAUCAAUAACUUCAUAGCGUGUGGUAUCAUGAUGGCGUAUGUGUGUGUGAUGCUACUGGGCAUUGAUCGUUCAAUGGUAGAUGACAACUCGUUGGUAACAAUCUGCAAGACUCGAUCCUGGCUCAUUGCAGUGGCAUUCACGCUUGCUUUUGGUGGAAUGUUCUCAAAGACGUGGAGAGUAUACAGUAUCAUCAUCUACAACAAAACAAAGAAAAAGGUAAUCAAGGACCGAUAUCUCUUUGGUAUUAUUGUUGUGCUGCUUCUGGUAGAUUUCGCAAUCCUCAUCCCAUGGCAGAUCAUUGAUCCUCUACAUAUUGAAGAAGUUAGAAUCAAUAUUCCGCAGACCGAGGAUGAUUUGGCAAACUACAGACGGUAUGAGAUGCUGUAUGUAAACUGCACGUCUGAAAGUAACAACAUAUGGAUGAUGGUUAUACUCGUCUACAAGGCGUUUGUCGUGGUGUUUGGCGCGUUCCUGGCUUGGUCAACGAGAAACAUCAACGUUCCCGGUCUGAACGAUAGUUACUACGUAGGUCUAUCAAUCUAUAACACCGUCAUCUGCUGUGUCGUUGCUGUGCCGUUAUCUUUUCUCUCAGUGUCUUCAAUUGGAGUCACUUAUGGCCUAGUUUCUUCUUUUAUGCUAUUUUGCAUAACGACUUCGCUUUGCAUGAUGUUCUUCCCGAAGCUGAACGCCGUGUAUCGUAAUAAAGUUGAAGAGAAUAGCUGGCCUACUGGGCUUGGAUUUAUAACUGGUACUACUCACAUCUCAGCAUCGAUAGGACGUGACGUUCAAGACACUGACCUUAGUAACGUACCGACCAUAAGCAAUAUUGUCAAGUCUUAGGUACUAAAUGAGUAGCAGUAAAGAACUGCACAAAUACUGAACACUCAUUAAGAUUGAGUAAAUAGGCUUGGUUUCACACCCAUAGUAUGGAGGGCACCUAUAGCACUUAAGUCUGCAUGUGUUUCUGUAGAUUGCAAUAAUAGUGUGCCAAUGUGCACAUUAUGUUUUCUCAAAUCAAUUGGCAAACCAUGGACGUUUUCCUUAUUUUGUACUUAUGGUUUCUUGGGCGAUGUGAGGAAAAACCAUUCAUAAAGCCAUUUAUGACUAAGUGAAGAGAGGGGGAAAUUAGUAGACAAAGAAGCAAAUUAAGAUCACAAAGUAUAUCAGACUCUUCUGAAUCGGUUGAUUCUUUUAUCAGAUUUCAUUAUACUGGUUAUUGCAUCUCAUGCUACAGAUUGUUUCGUAUAAACUUUUGGAUAUUUCAGGGAAACAUAUUGACUUCUAGGCACAAAGAUAUUUUGUUAUUGUAUACAAAAUGAGCAACUAACCAAUCAAUUUAAAUUGUCUUGUUUUACCCAAGCACCGGUUUUUAUGUGUAAAUUACUAUACACAGCACUUUCCAGGGUCAUAGAGUGUUUAAUUCACGAACGUUCUCGCAAUUAUGCGCGUUAAAGUACACGAUUCAGACGUCUUUAUCACAGUGUACAGUAUACAGGAAUCCCAAAAGUAAUGCAAGGUCUGCACUGCGACUGUGUUUCAUUUCAUAUCGAUAUGAAACAGUAAAUGUAACUUCAGAGUUUUUCUUUAAGGAUGAUUCUGUGCUUAAUCAUAUCAAUUUCAACUAGUUAUAUGACUACCAGAUUUGCUCAAUAUUAGUUAAAUUCAAAUAACAGCCAACUCCAUUAAUCAUUAAAUUGUUAUUUCGAGAUGUUAUUUACAAUUUGUUUCGAAUUAUAUUUUGUUAUUACUUAAGUGUUCUUAUUAUGCCACUGUUUCCAUUCACUGACAGAAGUUACGAUUUCUAUGAGGUUUUUACACAGUUUGUAUGUACAACCAUCUUGUAAACACAAGUAAUAAAUAAGGGAACCAAUGUGUGGUGAAGAGGUUUUCAACUAGUGGUUUAAUCCCAACGA